AUGAUGCAGGCUGAGGACACAGCAGGGACACACAUCCACGACUCCAGAAACUCAGGUUCUAAGAACUGCUUGGGUCUGAUUACAAGGCAGGAUUUUCCCCCAAAAUGUUAUCCUUCAGAAGUGAGGUCAUCCCUUUGCAUUUGGGUUGUUACAGGUCUCAUAACGUGGAGGCUCACUCAGUUCUGUAGAGCAGCAAAGUACUGCUUGAGGAAGACACAUUUACCUAAAACAGCCCUAAUUGGUACCCUGGUGGAACUUGCGGAGGAGGGGGGGUCAAAGAACCAAGAAGAUGUAAUCAUUAUCCCUGGGGGUGUGGCCUAUGACACAGGUCUCUGGACACAUGAGGGGAGGUAA